AUGAAAAUAAUUCUCUUGACCAUAAUGAAAUUUCAAAUCAUACAACUGUCAGAAGAUGAAUUUGCAAAUUUGGGCUUUUUUGCGAAUGAUUCUUUCGACAGUUUGUACGAAACCGAGGAUGAUAACCUGUAUGUUGAGUCAUUUGAUGAAUCAGAAGGUUCGCUAGAUUCUUUGAAAGGUAAUGAUGAUGACGAGGAGGAGGAGGAGGAGGAAGAGGACAUCAUAAAUGAACUAUUUUAA